AUGGAUGAUUGCGCCAAGUUCGCGACUUACGUAACUGUCGCAUAUGUAACGGUUGGUGUCAGCUUAAAAUUUUUAGCUUUACCUCAAUCAAUGAGUGAAUAUAUUCGAAGUCCUCUGAUAAGAUUAAUGUAUGAAAAGUUGGAUCAUCAAAAUAAACAUUCGAACUCAAAUCAUGACCAUUGGUAUGAUUAUCGCGCUGAAUAUGUAGAUUUUGAACUUCGGGAUAAGUUCAUUAAAUCAAAACAAGAUGAAGAAACUUGCGAAUUUUUAAACAAUUGCUAUGUCAAAUCUGACUGGUUAUUUACACACUUUUACCAUGCUGUUGCUAAAGCUGUUUUAACUUGGUUCAUGACUUCAACUUCUAUAAAUGGUUUAGUUGGUCGUGGUUCUAUGUUUGUUUUCUCAUCAGCACAAUUUCUUCGCUUACUUGAUGUUAACGAUAGCUUCAAGUUGAAUUCUUUACUCGACUUAGGUGCCGGUGACGGCAAUGUGACAUUAAAAAUGGCUCCUUACUUUAAAGAUAUAUUCGUCACAGAAAUUUCUCCAGUUAUGCGUUGGCGUUUAAGUAAACAUGGCUUUACAAUAUUAGACGUUGAUUCUUGGGAAUUAAUGAAUAAAGAAUUGAAUACACCCAAAGUUCCAUCUCAUUUUGAUGUUAUUAGUUGUUUAAAUUUGUUAGAUCGUUGUACAGCUCCAAUUACCUUAUUGAAACGAAUUAGUCAAGCUUUGAAACCUACGACGGGAAUUUUAAUUCUUGGAAUAGUUUUACCAUUGAAACAAUAUGUUGAAACGACUCAUGAUCAACGUCCUAUUGAAGUACUUGAAAUAAUUGAUAGUGAAAUAUGGGAAAUACAAUUAUCUAGUUUAAUUAAUAAUAUUCUUAUACCAGCUAAUUAUCAUGUUUUACGUUGGACACGUUUACCAUAUUUAUGUGAAGGUGAUUUUUCUAAAUCAUUCUAUUAUUUAAAUGAAAUUAUACUUGUUUUACAAUAUUCAAUAUCUAAUAAUCUAAAUAAAUAAAAGGGUUGAUGGUUUCAUAAUCUUUUUAUUAUUAUAUUAAAUUGAAAUUUUUCUAGUUUGCUUGUGUAUUACGUAUGGUUUAUUUAUUUAUUGGUUGAUUGAUUUUUCGACCGAUUCUUUUAUUGAUACUUUUAUCAAUUUACUGAUUAUUUGUUAAUUUUUAUUGUUGAUGAAAAUUUCAAAUGUACAUGAUUACCAUUAUUAUUAUUGGUGUUUUGCA